AAAACCAACGGCUACUAAAUUUUUCUUCAACGUACAAAAAUCAAUAGUAGCCGUUAUCCAUUCAAAUAAAAAAAUAAAACACAUAACAAAAUCCAAAUCUCACUCACUCACUACUCUCAUUAUUAAUCAAACCAACUCAACUCAGCUUCUUCAUCAUCUUCAUCUUCUUACUAAUCUCAUCCAUUUUUAAAAACGCCAUUUCCAUUUCCAUUUUCUCCAAAUCCAAAAACAGUUUUCAAAAAUGAACGACUUAAUGACCAAAUCCUUCACCAACUACAUCGAUCUCAAAAAAGCUGCCAUGAAAGAUCUCGACCUCGAAGCCGGCGGCGGAGGCGCCGCCGCCGUCCAAAUGUCCUCCGGCGCCGCCGUGAUGGACACAGAUCUCGGCUUAUUCCUCAAAGAAGCAGAGAAAGUAAAAGAAGAAAUGAACACACUCCGUCAAAUUCUCGAACAACUUCACCAAGCGAAUGAAGAGAGCAAAUCUCUUCAUAAAUCCGAAGCCCUAAAAUCGCUCCGAGAUCGAAUCAAUUCCGACAUCGUUUCCGUUCUGAAAAAGGCUAGAUCUAUCAAAUCUAAGCUCGAGGAGAUGGACAGAGCAAACGCCGCUAACAAAAGACUCUCCGGACAGAGAGAAGGUACUCCGAUUUACCGAACGAGAAUCGCUGUAACGAGUGGAUUGAGGAAGAAAUUGAAGGAGUUGAUGAUCGAUUUCCAAUCGCUUCGGCAGAGGAUGAUGUCGGAGUAUAAAGAAACCGUUGGGAGAAGAUACUACACCGUUACAGGGGAAACUCCGGGAGAUGAGGUGAUUGAGAAGAUCAUUUCCGAUGGAGGAGAUCAGCAAUUUUUGGAGAGAGCGAUUCAGGAACACGGAAGGGGGAAAGUUCUGGAAACGGUGGUUGAGAUUCAAGAUCGGCACGAAUCGGCUAAGGAAAUUGAGAAGAGUCUUUUGGAGCUUCAUCAGGUGUUUUUGGAUAUGGCGGUUAUGGUUGAAGCUCAGGGAGAUCAGAUGGAUGAUAUUGAACAUCAUGUGAUGAAUGCUUCGAAUUAUGUUAAGGAUGGGAGUAAGCAAUUGAAGAGUGCGAAGGAGUAUCAGAGAGGGAGUAGGAAGUGGAUGUGUAUUGGGAUUAUUCUUCUGUUGCUUAUUAUUCUUGUGAUUGUUGUUCCGAUUGCUACUAGUUUCAGCUCUUCUUAGGGUUUUGAAGAAGAAGAAGGAGUUCUCAACUGGUUUGGUUGAGUGGAGAAGAUGAAGUUAGGGUUUGGAAUUCUUUUCUUUUCUUUUUAAGUGUUUUUUUACUGUUCUUUUUUUGGGUUCAGUUUAAGUUUCUUACUUAAUACUCUAAUUGUUUGAAUAUUCAUUUUGUGAAGUAAUAUCAUAUAUCAUAUUUGUUGUAUUA